CUCAGUCGGCCAGGCAUGCUGGCACGUUGAUGUCAUUCGAAAAAAUAAACGUCAAAAAAUGAAGACCCUUCUGAGGCAAGAUUACACCCUGCAUCGGGACACCGGCAAAAGGGACCUCAGACGGGCCGCUGUGUGUUCUUACAUUUUCCUUCUGAUACUCAUCGUUUCCUUGUUCGUUUUCCUCCUGCUGGUGAUAGGUCGCGUGAAAAGGUUGGAAAGUGAAGUUGAAGAACUGAGCAAAGUGGUGGAUGCUGUCAGAGUACUGGAUGCAGACGUGAUCAACGCUAUCAUCGGAUUCGAAGAAGACGAGUUCGAAAACGACGACUCAGAGACGGAUCAGCCUCAUGAAGACCUCGCCGAAAACCUAAGCGACUACAUGGACAAUUACUAUGCGAAUUCGAACGAUUCCGAAGAGACACCCCGAGACACCCGGGAAUACGAAUCUCCCUUCAACUUGACCAAAAUAAUGAGAGAAUCGAGAGCCAAAAGGAACAUCGUUGCCGCCACACAGGACGGAGUCAUCAUCAACUCCGAGUCGUACGCCCAAAAAAAAGCAAGCAACGCCACAAGGAGGUAUACGCUGAAAGGCCAUUCGGUAACUGCCUAUCCUGGAAAAUCAUCAUCCAUAGGAUCUCCAUGGCCAAUUUACCCACACAGCUACCACACCACUCCGAAAUAUGGGAAUUCUGGAAGGCACAGUACAAAGGCACCACCUCUAGUGUAUUCUAGGCCAUCCCGAGUUAUGCACCACGAAAAACCGAAAAAACGUCCCCGAGUUGUCAAAAAAAUAUCCUGGAAGUCUGGCAAUACGUAUUCAGACAUGAAUGAUGAUACGACUACUUAUGCUCCAGGCUUCACUAUAGUCCGCGACGGAAGACGAUAUAGACAAAGAAACUCGAACCUAGAGAUCCUGGAUGAAGGACACCCACGCACGGGCAGGAUCAAGCCACUACCCUCCGUGCACUACAAUGGGGACACCACGAAAUACGUAGUUGGGGAGCACACGAAUUAUUUGGGAAACGGCCAUCUGAGGCAUCACCAAGCGACAUUCGUAGACUGGAAAGCCAGUAACUGGGUGGAUUCUUUGGGCAUGGAUAGCCAUUUCAGCCUUGACCAAGGAUUCGUCACCAUUCAAGAGUCCGGACUAUACUUCGUUUAUUCUCAGAUAUACUACCUCGACGAGCACGACACCACAGGAUACAGGGUGUUCAAGAACGACCAAAUGAUCCUCCAGUGCACCCUGACGAUACACUCUGUGGAGAGGAAGCUCAAAGGGAACACUUGCUUCACCGCUGGGGUGGAACACUUCUCCGAGGGAGACAGGCUCUCUUUGGCAGACAUAACGCCAGGCCGCCUGUCCCUCUUCGAAAAAGGGAAGUCCUUCUUCGGAUUGGUCAAGUUAGGCGACAUCAAGAUAAAAUAAGUGUUCGUUCAUAAUUCUUUUUUUACGUUCCGUUGUUACCAAUAUUGUUCAUGAGGUUACGAAAAUUGGUUGAGAGUAUAUAUUGUAUUAGUAUUUUGUGUUAUGUGCUCUUACUAUUUUCCGAUGUGCGUAACCUAAUAUAAUUAGUUUUUAGUAAUUGUAGAUAUGAAUGAAUACGUUUGUUCUGUUAUUUAUUGAAUUCGAGAAUUUGUAUUGAGCUUUUUCUUAAAUAAAAUUCGAAUAAUAUGUA